AUGAACAAUGAUUUUGGCAAAAUGACAGAAGAAGAAUCUGUGAAUAUUGAACAAGAGCUCGAAGAGCUCUUAACAAAAGUUCAACCAAACCUUCAAGACGUUAUCAAAAGAAGUUUUACUAAUGUUGCUUUGCAACAAACCAAAAAUGGAGAACAAAUUAAACCAGAUAUAUUGGAAGACACAUCAUAUUUUGCCAAAAAUACACAGGUGACAUUAUCAAGAUUAGAACUAGUAAGACCUCCAACCUUUCACUUGCAAUCAGUCUCUUUGAACCUCAAAUCAAUGUCACUUUCUUUGCGUUGUUCACUAGGAGAAGUGAAUGUUAAAGGACUAUAUAGUGCAUUCAAUGAGAAUCUUUACAACCUUAUUCCUGUCAUGGCUGAAGGACAUGUUCUUAUAACAUUGUCAAACCUGACUGCAGAUGUGAAUGUGGGCUUGGUUCUAAAAGAUGAUGCAUAUGCCUUUAUUAAUCCUGGCAUUGAAUUUAUACAUGAUGAAGUCCUUGUCAAGUUAUCAUGGCCAUCCCCGCAAAGAGGUGGAGGCUAUGAGUUUACAAACACAGAGCAACUAGCAAAGCAUAUUGAUGAUCUGCCACUGACCGCAGCAAUAUCUCUACAACUCUUCGCGUUACUUCAACAAAAGUUAGAAAGGCAUUUGAGUCAAGUAUUACGACAAGCUACGAGCGUGUCUGAUUUGGUCUGCUGUAACCCGAACAUGUUGGAAGCAUAUACAACAAUGGUAAACAGCCUAGCACAAAAUGGUAACAGAAUCGUCGAUUUAGUGUUAAUAAAUAUGAGAAGAACACUGUUUCAAACAUGUCGAGAAGUUCUCGAACUACCCCCAUUACACGCCACUUUUUUACAUAAGAUAGGAGCAUUAUCGUUUAUAGGCAAAUUCGAAACGGAAUCUGGCUGGGUAAAGAACUUGGCAACCAUUAACAGGAUCAACGACGUUAGCGUCACGAGACCCGACCCCAUGAAAACGAACUUCCACGUUACUCUCAAGAUAAAAGACUUACAGAUCGGUUAUGACGAAUACCGAAUCAAAGCGAUGGGUGUGUCGUGCUCCGGUCGCAUGGAGGCCGCGCUGCCCGACAACGCGCUGCACCUCGCCCUCAGCGUGGGCCUCACGCGCUGGGAGCCCUACACGCAGUUGGACGACUUACGCUGCACACACUUAGACGGCAUGGACCUGCACAUAAGCGGGCUGGGCCCGCUGUCCGGGCUGGCGGGCGCGGCGCGCGCGUGGGCGCGGGGCGCCGCCGCCGCGCUCGCCGCGCCCGCGCUCGCCGCUCAGCUGCAGCACGAGCUGCGCACCGCCCUCGCCGAGCUGCCCCUCUGGGACCUGCUGCACGCCAAACAA